UAGAAUGUUCAAACUAGAAUGUUGGUAAAACAUACUCACUUCUUACAAGAGCAAGCUGAAGGCAAGUCACUUGUGAUAAACCUCUGCGAUUUCAAAGCAAUUUCAAGACAUUUUCCAUGGCAUUCUCUCCAAGAACUGUCCACCAGAGAGAGCCAUGGAUUGGGACUGACCACCAGACUUCUUCUGAGCGAGUCAUGUCCAACUCUGCAAGAGAAGUGGACAUGGCAUCUCACUGGAGGCCCCAGUCUGAGCAUCCAUACCAAUAUGUGCGAUCCACACGGUUUUCUUCCAGUAAGUAUUGGAAGGAGUACCAAAAGGGCCCAGCUGUGUCUCAGGAGCAGUAUAGUGGUGUGACCAACGUGCCAACCUCAGCCCCUCAGACCCUGAGGUUUGUGGGCAACUUGAGGCCAACUCCUGUGCCAUCUCCUCAUACCGGGGAUUGCAUCAAGGUCAUCACCACCCCGUCAUCUGAUGACACAGCUGCUUGGCUAAAGGAGCUUGGGCCCCUCAAGUUUGUGGGGAAUGUCAGUCUGCCUGCUGAGGUUCUUCAUGGUCAGCAGAACAACAUGGCAGUCAAGGCUGCCCAGAUGCCCGGCAGCAUAACCCAAGGAGGAGUAAUGGCUCCAGGGAUCAACCCGAUUUCCUCAACAUCUCCAGCUCCUGUGAGCUUCUUCACUGGGGAAUUUGGUGGAGCUCCAACUCACUCCCAUCAGGCCUCUGGCUCUCAUUACAGCAGAGAGGACCACCUGAAGAUGAUCGAGCUCCACGGCGAAAUGCUCGCCAAGUACAGACAGCUGAAGUUCAAUGCUGACAACGUUGAAAAGAUGAUGAGGCAGUCGGUCCACUCUGCAGAGCUCCAGAAGAAGGCAGAGAGCGACCAAGACAGGAGCUGGGAUGAAGAGAUGGAGGAUCUGGAUGAUCUCACAGGACGCCUGGUUCUUCCUGAUGAUGCCGUUGAAAAACUGGAGGCCAUUCCUGGCAUCUUGGACUUGGCCAAAGAGAUGGGCUUCCCUGAGAGUCGUCUCAUGAAAUGACUUUAUUCAUAAAUAUCAAAUACAUAUUACCUAGUGCUAAAAUUAACAUGUAUUUUUUAAUACUAAAAAAUAUUAGACUAUCAUCAUCAUUAAUAUUA